CUGGUUGGAAGGAAGGAGGGGGAGACCAUCCAUUUCAUUUACGAGGCCUGUGCGAUCUCCUCAUAGAGCGAUCGUCCAAACGUCAAAUUGGGAUAUUCUUAUUUUUACGGUAGACAAACUGGAUGCUCGAAAUAACAGACAUCAUCUUCAUGGCCUGCCGCGUUAAGUUGUAAAGAAAUCUGGUCAACAUAAAGCGAUAGCUUACGGUGAGUUGUUGCACACUCAAGCAGUGUCUCUAGCGCCGUGCUGCAGCACACCAUCUCAGCACGGGAAAGCUUGAGAAUAUUUUGAAAUAUUAGGCGGUUUUGUAUUUUUGAACUGAGUUUCUUACCACCGUUAUAGCUACAUCUAUUAGAUGUAAUUCCAAGUUGUUUUGAAUUGUUCAACGGCUCCACCUAUUUAACCGGUGCUGUUAGCUAGCUAGCUACAUUAUUAGCAACCUCCGCGUUCCUUCGAUCAGUCACAUUGACUGACUGGUGCCGCGACCAGGAGGGUCAGCCAAUUGAUGGAACCAAAGGGUUAUUUGACGGGUAGUUUGUCUGAGUUGUUUGUGUUGUGGCCGCUGACAGCUCAGCAAUAACGACAAGGAAAACAGGAACAGCUCUGAUGGUACCAGCUGACCGGUGACACCUGCCUGAGGACACCUCACCCGCUGCCCCCCCUCCCCCUCCCCCACCCCCUUUACCAUGUCUGGGAUCCAGGUGCCAUGGUUGCCUGGCACAGAGUGUGUAGCCAAGUACAACUUCCAGUCCACAAAUGAACAGGACCUGCCUUUCUGUAAAGGAGAUGUGUUGACCAUAAUCGGAGUCACCAGGGAUCCCAACUGGUACAAAGCGAAGAACACAGUGGGCAGAGAGGGCACCAUCCCAGCUAACUACGUCCAGAAAAGGGAAGGGGUCAAGUCAGGGGGAAAACUCAGUCUUAUGCCAUGGUUCCAUGGUAAGAUAACGCGGGAGCAGGCGGAGCGCCUCCUCUACCCCCCAGAGACUGGUCUGUUCCUGGCGAGGGAGAGCACCAACUACCCCGGGGACUACACCCUGUGUGUCAGCUGUGAUGGCAAGGUGGAGCACUACCGCAUCAUCUACCACGACGGCAAGCUCAGCAUCGACGAGGAGGAGUUCUUCCAGAACCUCAUGCAGCUGGUCGAGCACUACACUAAAGACGCCGACGGCCUCUGUACCAGACUCAUCAAGCCAAAGCUGAUGGAGGGAACGGUGGCCGCCCAGGAUGAAUUCUCCAGGAGCGGCUGGGCCUUGAACAGAAAGGAACUCAAGCUCAUCCAGACCAUUGGCAAAGGGGAGUUUGGAGAUGUGAUGGUGGGGGACUACAGAGGGACCAAGGUGGCAGUGAAGUGCAUCAAACACGACGCCACGGCCCAGGCGUUCAUCGCUGAGGCCUCCGUCAUGACCCAACUGAGGCACAACAACCUGGUUCAGCUGCUGGGGGUGAUUGUAGAGGAGAGGGGCAGUCUCUACAUCGUCACAGAGUACAUGGCCAAGGGCAGUCUAGUGGACUACCUCCGUUCUCGAGGACGGACCGUGCUGGGAGGAGACUGUUUACUCAAAUUCUCACUUGACGUAUGUGAAGCCAUGGAAUACCUGGAGGCCAAUAACUUUGUGCACAGAGACCUGGCGGCCCGGAACGUUCUGGUGUCUGACGACAACAUCGCCAAGGUCAGCGACUUUGGUCUGACCAAGGAGGCCUCGUCCACACAGGACACUGCCAAACUGCCCGUCAAAUGGACCUCCCCCGAAGCCCUGCGAGAGAAGAGGUUCUCCACUAAGUCAGACGUGUGGAGUUAUGGUAUCCUGCUAUGGGAGAUCUACUCCUUUGGGCGUGUGCCUUACCCCAGAAUUCCCCUGAAGGAGGUGGUGCCGCGGGUGGAGAAGGGUUACAAGAUGGACGCCCCCGACGGCUGCCCGGUGGUGGUGUACGACGUCAUGAAGCAGUGCUGGACCCUGGAUGUGGGGCUGCGGCCCUCCUUCCGCAUGCUGAGAGACAAGCUGUCACAUAUCAGAGCCAAGGAGCUCUACCUGUGAGGGGCAGGGAGGGGGGAGACAGCAGACUAGAGUGGAGGGAGGGAUGGAGGGAGCGUCCAGGCUGGGGGAAACUAACUGGAGCAGGACCGGAACUCCUCUGCCAGCCUCACCUGUGGACCACACCCUACCUGAUACCUGACCUGCACCUGUUUUCCUCUGGGACUGUAGUAAACCUUCCCCUGUGUUACCUUCCCUCCACGCUUCUGAAAGAAAGGAACACAAGUCCUGUAUGUGUUGUAUAGCUUUCUGUCAGCUGGUUGUCUGGCUCCUUUGUUCAGUCCAUCGGCCUCCCUCUACCCCCUUCCUCCUGUUCUCCCAGUCUCUCCACUGUGGCGUUGUCACCUCCUCAAACUCUUUUCUGAUUUUCUUCUCCAAAACGUGAUGAUAAUGGGGAGGCUGGCCUUUUCCUCCACAUGUUCGUCAGGUGCUCUCAAUCUCUCCUCCCUCUCUCUCUCUCUCUCUCUCUCUCUGUGUCAUGAUCAUUCCUGUAUCUCUGUGUUGGGUGGUGGUGCUGCAUGCUGUCUGUCCCUCACCCUCCUGUGUGGGGCCUUGCUUGGGGCCUUGGCUCUGUGCCAAAGUGCCUCCAGUAUACAGAGCUCCAGACCCUACUCCUCCACUCGGACUAUUCCGUUUUUAUUCCUUUUUUUAAGGAAUCUUUUUUGUUUGUCUUGGGGAGGUUGGUUGUUCGUUUGCUGCGUGAAGUUGUCUCCCUCCGGCUCCAGAACAGGAACUUCUAUGUCCGUUAAAGAGAACGUGAACAUUUUGAGAAGAAAAGAGGCCAGUGCAUAAAGAGCCUCAGCUGGGAAGCAUUUAUCUCCAACUCAACACAGGACUACAGAACAGGGCAGUUCUCAACAUGGUCGAUUCAUCAUAUGUGGGCUUGUUUUAUAUUAAAAUAUAUUUAAAGGGUUAAAAUAAACUUAAGAAGAAAGAAGCCACGGAAAGACAGACUGAAGGAUAUAAGAAUGUUUUAGUGUCUGUGAAGCAAACGCUGGGGUUGGGUAUGUGCAUGCUGUGCGAGAGGCCUUGGGUUUAACUGUCAGUGCUUUCAAUGUUUAUUAUGCUACUAUGAAUAAAUCAUUCCAUCUGA